UUGUGGGUCCAUUGGUGUGAUUGACGCCAUGACUGAUGUAGCUAGCGGGACUAGAAAAUGGAUGCUUUCUGUCUCUACUCAACUGUUUAUGCUUUCUCGGAGGGUUAUAUCGAUCACUCUUUAAAAAGAGAUUGACAUCUAAACGUCACUAUUUUCUUCAAGGAGUAGUUUGCUAAUUUAAUAAGUUAGUCAUUUUUUUGCUGUCGUGGUUAGCUUGAGGCUAGUCGCUCGUGUUGUUAGCUAGCGAAAGUAGGCUAGCACGACGUUUUUUGUGUUUAUAUUCGUUUUAUAUCUAAAUUCUCUACCAACUAACAGAGAGCGGCUACGGGGGUUAAGGCUACCUGCCGCUAAAGGUAUGGCCUGGUUGUGAUUGGAUGCAGCCGGGAAUGGAGGAGGGGACGGAUGCUGGCGAAAUGCGCUCCUUUGACCCAUUUUUUAGCUCUGAAGCAAAAAAGAGACAUAUUUCUUCUGAUGGAAGAGAAGAGCCAAUGAGGAAGAUGCCUGUGUCAAAGUUUGGUUCCAGACCUCGAUUCGAGCCUGUGCAGUUUGUAAGCAGUGGCACCAGUAGUGGAGGGUUAGGUCUAGGAGGAGGAAGAAAUGGACCUGACGAAAAGGAGAACGAUAAGGAGCCCAGAAGGAGUGAUUUGUACGCUGGGAGAUACAGGGAUUUUGAGCAUGCUUCCUACAGCAGCAGUGGCAGGGCUCAAAGCUCCUCCCUGAGGCCUGCUUUUGACAGAGUACAUUCAUACACUUCUGACUCUUGGGGCUCCCAUAGAGAUCGAGACCGGGAGAGAACCUGUGAUGUUUCUUCAGGUAGUUCAGUCGGAUUAGGUUACGGAGGCCGUGGGUCCUCGUCAAACUUCAUGGCGAAAAUGCAGCAGGACUACACGAACAAGUAUGAGGCCCACAGCUCUCGAAAUUCAGAUUUCUACUCACAUCCCCACAGGUACAAUGGAUACGGGGGAGGGAACAGAUCAGGCGGGUGGGACUCCGGACGUCAAGGUUUGGGGUAUGGCCACCAGGAUCGCCAAUCAUCCAACCGGCCUCAUAACAGGGCCUACAAUAGUCCUUCCACCUCUCAGCUGGGGGGGUCAUCACAGCCCAUCCCCAUCUCUCAGUGCACGCUAGAUGAGAAGCAGCGGCUCAUCUCCAGUCUGGCGUCUGCGUUGUCUGGUGCUCUUUGGGACCCUCAGUACGCCACCGGAACAGACGCUCCAAAUUACAGCUUCAUGUUGAGUCGCAGCAUCCAGGCGUGCAAGACAAACCCUCAGUACAUUUAUGUCAAUCUGAGAGAUAUCCCUCAGGCCGACCUACCCAAGAACCGCAAAGUGCCAGCGGACGGCUACGCCUGUGAGCUGAGGUGUCAGGGCGUGUAUCUGGCCACUGGAUACUCCGGCAGUAAAAACGGAGCAAGGGACCGUGCCUCCGAGCAUGCUGUCAAACUCUUCAUGAAGCCGGUGGAGGUCUGUGUGGUGCCGCGCAAGUACAAACACACGAUGCUUAAUGACGUGGUUGUGUGCCAGAUGCACUGCCCCACCCCGGUAUUGACACCUUCCCUCUGGAACCCAGAGAACAUUGGAUACCCCAGCUUUAAGGGCCCUUAUGAGCCCGACAUGAGGAAGCACUGGACGGAGUUUGUGGUUAUGGACAAUGCCCAAGAUGCCAUCUGCAUACUCAACAACUCUGCAGCCUUCAGUCACAUGAAAGUAGACUACAAGUUUGAGCCGCUGCCCAAUGGUUCCUGGCUGUGCAGCGUUUAUGUGCAAGAUGAAAUGGUAGCGCAGGCCACUGGCACCAAAAAGAACUCCAAGCAUGCUGCGGCAAGACAGGCGCUAGAAAAGCUGCGCAUGAACCAGGCGUCACGACAACACCACCACCAGCAAGAGCCGCAGGAUGCAAGAGGAAAUUAUCAGUCAGACUCAGGUGGACAGUUGGGACAACCUGGCAUCAAAAAGAAGCAUCUGAGUGAGUUGGUCAUCUUGGAAAACUCAGACAAUGCCGUUUGCAUCAUCAACGACACAGCUCAGUUUAAUAAAGUGUCAGCCGACUACAAGUUCAUCUGCUUACCUGAUCAUAGCUGGAGGUGUGAAGUCUACCUGGAAGGACAGUUUGUGGCAGCAGGCGUCGGAGCUAAAAAGCAGGUGAAACACAUUGCAGCACAGGAGGCAUUGGCCACCUUGAGACAGACACAGGCCGUGGUCAAAUCCAACCUGAGAAAGGAGGGUCACAACGACGCCAUAUCCCGCUCGCAGAUCAUGGGUCGUUCUGGUGAGGAGGCCAUGAGGCAGGAGAUUAAGGAAGACAACAUUGGGAACCAGCUGCUGCGCAAGAUGGGCUGGAAGGGAGGUGGCUUGGGCCGAGACGGAGAUGGCAUCGCGGAGCCCAUCAGAGUCAAGGAGCAGUUCUCGAGGGAGGGUUUAGGCAUGGAUGCGGACAAAUGCAGCCACCUCACCAAACGGGACAUCGAGGACAUCAUUCGCAAGUACGUCAGCUCAGACCGCCAGGACGAUCUCCGCUUCUCCACCGACCUGACCAAUGAGGAACGCAAGCAGAUCCACCAGGUGUCUCAAAAGUAUGGCCUAAGGAGCAAGUCAUAUGGACAAGGGAAGCAGCGCUUCCUAGUGGUCAGUCGCAGGGUGGACACAGACCAGCUCAUUGGUCAGCUCCUACAGGAAGGACAGGUGGGGCGAUAUGAACUGGUCAAACCUCAGGCCUUGCACUGAUUUGCAUGAACAAAUCACGAUAAAGCCACUGAUUUGGACUCUUUCAGGUAAGGCUUGGAGGGGUCCUGCAUUUCUAUUCAACAAAAUACCCUUUUUCUGCCUUUGCUCAUACCCUUAACAUUUUUUUGCACACUUGUUUUCAGUACAUCUUCAUUAUGUUCAUAAGCCAGAAAUAAGACUGUUCACUGUGUCUUAACUCUUAAUUUAAUGGUAGGCGAUUCAUGUAACCAAUGGACUAUGGAACCAUUAACUGUAAUGGGAGUAAUGCAUCAUGCAAUACUCAUGACUGUGGUAGCACUUUUUCUGGUCAUUGUACAAGAGUUGCAUCAGCCUUUUUGUUGAAUGGCAGAAAUGUCAGCGCUUCACAGCUGUCAGAACUGAAUAAAAUUGACAUCACCAGGUUUGGCUUCAAUAAAAUGUUAAGUGCAGUGAAAAGCAACAA